AUGGUUGAUACAGUGACAACAACAAUGGGCAAUGAUAAUGAUGAUUGGGAAGUUGCUGUUGAUACAGGAGAAUUUGAUAAACGACUUGAACAACAAGAACAAGAUCGUGCAACUAAGCAAGAAUCUACGUUAUCUACUGAGAAUAAUGAUGACAAUCGAAAUUCUUCAUAUAAUAAUUUAAUGAAUUCAAAUAAACCAAUUCGAAUUCUUAAACGACCAACCAGUCAAAUUCAAUUACCUGUUACUAAUGAUAUAAUUAAUUCUAAUACAAUAUCAACAACAAUAGUAUCAAAUAAUACUAAUAAUAAUAAUAAUUUGCCUUUUUCUAAUAAUAUUUCUUCAUCAACACCAGUGCCUAUCAUAUCAAUCAUUCCAAGAAAUCAAAAUAAAGAUUCAAUAAAUUCUUCACAGACAAUAAAUUCAUCUAAUUCUUUAUCUUCACAAUCAACAAAACCUCCUAUUAAAACUUAUGAACAACGAGAACUUGAAUACAGAUUAGCACGAUUACGAAUCAUGGGUGAAGAAGAAAGUUCAACUAAAGAUGAUGAUGAUGAUAUUAAUAAUAAUAAUAAUAAUCCUAUUAUUGAUUCGACUACUAUAACAUCUGAUGAACCAACUACAACUACGUCUUCGUCUACCACAAGUCUUACAUCCACCAAGACAUCCAAUAAUAAUUCGGUUUCAUCACUUCAAAGUCAUUCAACACCAGGUAGUUAUGCUUCAAAUUUAUACAAUUUAAAUAAUACUUCAUCAAAUCCUGGACCAAUUCAUUUUAAUACAAAUAGUACGGGACCUUUUUCUCAACAACAAUAUCGUGGUGCUUAUUCAACAUUAUAUCCUCAAAUGCCAUUAACACCAUCCGUACAUUAUCCAACUACGACACUUUAUAUGCCGUCAUCAUCAUCGAAUUAUCCGAUUCACUCAUCAUUGAAUAGUUGGUAUCAUUAUCAACAACAACAAAAUCCUUAUGGAACGCAACAGUACGGUCAUCCGCAAUAG